GCGAAGGGGGGGAAUGUCUGAGUGAGUCUGAGGGAACCGGUGAGAAGGAGAGAGGCUGCAGGGAACACUGGUUUGAAAAAUAAUACUCACUGGGUUUCUACAGUAUAGACUGGGAUUUGGAAAACUUCAGAGGGAAAGUUUGGAGUGCGCUCGUUUCGCCGCGCGCCCUUUGGAAAGCCGUUCGUAUUUGGAUCAAAACAAAACAACAACAACAACAACACAAGCGGGGAAGCGACCAGACGCGCGGACGUUCCUCUCUCUAUCCACGAUCUGUGUGAAAUCGGAUUUGUUUUGGUUCCGACUCGCGGAUAAACCGGUUUCUGGAUCAACUGAGUGGGGAGGAGGGGGGGCGGAGGUGUUGGAGCUGCUGAGAUGCGGUGAUGGAGUCCGGAGGUGUUUCCAAGAUGACUGCGUUUCUCCUGAAGCUGCUUUUCAGAGGCGACCUCACGUCGAGAGGAACCAUGACCGGGUUUCAUAGAUGGUCGCUUCUGAUCCUCUUGAUUUCCGCCUGGAGGCCGGUGGGCGCCGGUUCCCUGACAGAUUUGGAGUUUGAGCGGAGUCCUGCUCAUGUCAUCUCCUCGCUGGGCCGACCCGUCAGGGUGCACUGCGUCCUGACGGGGUCGGGGGGCGAGGAGGAGGACCCGCCUGAUGUGCUGUGGCUGAGAGACGGCGUUCCACUCCAGUACGCAGACACCAACCAGUUCCAAGGUCACACUGGCGGCCACAGUUGGACGAUAAUAAGCACGCUGAGUAUCGAGAAGGUGCAGCUUCCUGACAUGGGCUCCUACAGAUGUGCUGUCCUGUCGGAACAUCUGCAGGUUCUGUCUGAGGAGGGGAGCAUCCAGCUGGAGGGUCUUCCUCAUUUCUCCGUGGAGCCCCAUCACAUGUCGGUGGUGGCCAACGUGUCCCUGAGCCUGAGCUGCGUGGCCCACGGCCCCCCGGAGCCGGUCAGGGUCAUCUGGCUGCAGGACGGGGCCCCGCUCAACACCCUGUCGGACCCGGUGGCCAUGUCGCCCUCCACGCUCAACCUCACAGGUCUGAACCGGACCAGCACCUUCUCCUGUGAAGCUCACAACCGCAAAGGUGUGGCCACGUCUGGAUCCGGCACCAUCACUGUUCUUCCGCUGCAGCCUCAGAACCUCCGAGCCGUGGAGGUCACUCAGACCAGUCUGCUCCUGUCGUGGCGGGUGGGGUUCGGUGGCGACUACCCGAUCAUCCGCUGCUCGGUUCAGGCCCGGCAGGCGGGAGAGUCGCUCGCCGACGGCCCAGAGAAGAUGAUCCACAACCAGAACGUGAACAUCCCGCCCUCCACCCACCUCAUCGGGGACCUGGAGCCCCACAGCCUCUACACGGUGAGGGUGGCCUGUCACAGCAGCCAGGGCCCGUCGGCCUGGUCGCCCUGGGUGGAGCUGCGCACCAGUGAAGGAGUUCCAGAGAACCCACCUGUGAACGUGACGGUGGCGCUGAACGGGACGGACGUGCUGAUGGCGUGGGAGGAGCCUCCCGGGAAGCUGAAUGGAGAACUACAGGGCUACAUGGUGGAGUACAGCACGCCUGUCACUCAGCAGGUUCUCAGGGACACUGGGUUGGACACUGAGCUGUCAAUCAACCUGUCCAUCCCCCUGUCCAAUGUGACCUAUCGAGUGUGUGCCUACACGGGGGCGGGACAAGGGCCGUGGACCCCGACGCAGACUCUCACACUCAUCGUUCCUGAGAUGGAGACGUUUCGAGGUCCGCCCGAGGCCUUUUCCUGGCACUGGUGGUACGUGGUGAUGGCCGUCGCCGGCGCCGUGUCCCUCGCCGUGCUCAUGGCUGUUUACGUGGCCAAGCUGCGCCGCAAGGAGACGCGCUUCGGAGAGGCGUUCGAACCCAUGAUGGAGAGCGGGGAGCUGGUGGUCCGGUACCGCGCCCGCCGCACCUACAGCCGCAGGACGACAGAAGCAACACUGAACAGUCUGGGCAUCAGCGACGAGCUGAAGCAGAAGCUCCAAGAUGUGAUGGUGGACAGACACAAGCUGACCCUGGGAAAGACGCUGGGAGAAGGGGAGUUCGGCUCGGUGAUGGAGGGGCUGCUGACUCAGGAGGAGGCGGCGCUCAAAGUCGCCGUCAAGACGAUGAAGAUCGCCAUCUGCACCCGCUCGGAGAUGGAGGACUUCCUGCGCGAGGCCGCCUGCAUGAAGGAGUUCGACCACGCCAACGUCAUGAGGCUCCUGGGUGUGUGUCUGCAGACGGUGGAGAGUGAAGGUUACCCCUCCCCCGUGGUCAUCCUGCCCUACAUGAAACAUGGAGACCUGCACAGCUACCUGCUCUACUCACGGCUCGGGGACUGUCCAGUGUACCUCCCCUCUCAGAUGCUGGUGAAGUUUAUGACUGACAUCGCCCGAGGGAUGGAAUACCUGAGCAGGAAGAACUUCAUCCACAGAGACCUCGCCGCUCGCAACUGCAUGCUCAAUGAGAACAUGAACGUGUGUGUGGCCGACUUCGGCCUCUCCAAGAAGAUCUACAACGGAGACUACUACAGGCAGGGCCGCAUCUCCAAGAUGCCCGUCAAGUGGAUCGCCAUCGAGAGCCUGGCCGACCGCGUCUACACCACGAAGAGCGACGUGUGGUCGUUUGGAGUCACCAUGUGGGAGAUCGCCACCCGGGGCCAGACUCCCUACCCCGGGGUGGAGAACAGUGAGAUUUAUGAUUACCUGAGACAAGGGAACCGUCUCAAGCAGCCGCCCGACUGCCUGGACUGCAUCUACGCCCUGAUGUUCUCCUGCUGGCUCCUGAGCCCGAAGGACCGCCCCUCGUUUGAGGCCAUGCGCUGGGAGCUGGAAAAAGCCCUGGAAGAUCUGCCGGACCUCCAGGACCCCGACGAGAUCCUGUACGUCAACAUGGACGAGUCCUCCACGGAGCUCGGAGCCGUCGGGGGUCGCGACCCGCUGGCGAUGGCGUCCCCUCUCUGCCUGAAGGGUCUGGACUCUGUGACCACGGUGGAGGUCCACGAGCCCAACCGCUACGUCCUCUGCCCCCAGCACGAGACCCCCCGGGCGCUCUCCGAGUCCCUGGAGAGUCUGGACAUGGGGGUGUCGUCCUCCACUGCCACGCUGCCUCUGCAGCCGUCCUGCCGCUCCAAACCCAACCCCACCCCGGCUCGGACGCCCCCCGUGGAGCUGCUGGAGGACAGGGACGGGUCCAGAAAAGUCCCCUGGCAGUGAUGGAGUCCCUCUCAAACUAAGACUGGUCAGGGCCAUGGUGUGCCGUCCUUUCCCCCCCGUCCAAGAACCACGUCCAGCCUCUUGCUACUGACGAAGAAACUUCACGUGCCCUCACACUCAUGUGCAUGUUUUGCACAAACACACACACACACACACAAAGCCGAAGACAUUCCAGGGAUUAUUUCCUCCGUCAACUCCUCUCUUCUAAAAACAAUUCCAAGUGUCUGAUGAUCAGUUCCCUACAACAAACAGAGAGUGAACUGGUUCCGUGGCCCCUGCCCACUGCAGCACAAUCAGAGAACUCCCAGUCGCUCCAGCAAUAAAACAUCACAUCUGCACAAAGUGAAGCUAAAUAAGAAUCAAACGUGUCCGUGAAACCAGCUCGUCACUGCCAGACCCGACCUGCCACUCAACCCACUCAGGAGCUUCAACCUUCCAGCGAGGAAACAGAAAGUCUCUUUCACUGAAGGCGACUGUCGGCUUUAAGUUUCUACCUGAGAACAGCUUCAGGAUAUUUACUGGCUCACGCUAAAGUCCAGACUCACAGCUUCUUGUGUUCCGCAAAAAAAUGAAAUAUGAUUUUGUUUUUUUCAAAAUCUCACGAAAGAUUCAAGUGAAAACCAAAAUUGUCUGAGGAAAUGAGGCUCCGCUCUGGAUUCUCUGAGCCUCGAGGUGAAGCUCUGGAUUCUCUGCCUCUGGAUUGUCUGAGCUCUGGAUUCCCUGAGCUCUGGAUUCUCUGCGCUCUGGAUUCUCUGCGCUCUGGAUUCUCUGAGCCUCGAGGUGAAGCUCUGGAUUCUCUGCGCUCUGGAUUCUCUGAGCUCUGGAUUCUCUGAGCUCUGGAUUCUCUGAGCUCUGGAUUCUCUGAGCCUCGAGGUGAAGCUCUGGAUUCUCUGAGCUCUGGAUUCUCUGCGCUCUGGAUUCUCUGAGCUCUGGAUUCUCUGAGCUCUGGAUUCUCUGCGCUCUGGAUUCUCUGAGCUCUGGAUUCUCUGCGCUCUGGAUUCUCUGAGCUCUGGAUUCUCUGUGCCUCGAGGUGAAGCUCUGGAUUCUCUGCGCUCUGGAUUCUCUGAGCUCUGGAUUCUCUGAGCCUCGAGGUGAAGCUCUGGAUUCUCUGCGCUCUGGAUUCUCUGAGCUCUGGAUUCUCUGCGCUCUGGAUUCUCUGCGCUCUGGAUCCUCUGAGCCUCGAGGUGAAGCUCUGACAAACCCCUGCAUCUUCUCCGUGGGGCUCAACUGCCGGUCGUGCAUUCCAAUGUGAGACACUUAUCGACUCAGGAAGCUGAGACGUCUCCUGCACGGGGACACAGGUACGAGUCAAACCAGGAGGCUUCAGGACACCGACUCAAGGGGGACGGACACGAUGGACUCGCCCGAGGCGGACGGCAGGAGAAGCUCCUCACGUUUGCUCUCGGCUCAAGCACAGUGUUAUUUUACACAUUUUGUACUUUCCUCUUUUUUUUUUUAUGCUGAUGUUUGUUUUUUCUACAACUUUGCACUAAUGUUUUUAUAUAGACUCUGUCUGUUUAUAAUGUGUAUAUCUCUCAAGCUUUCAAUGUGACUUUCUGUAUAUUCUCAGUCCACAUGUAACAACUCGUAUAUUCCUGAAGGCAGAGAACACGGCCUGUGAAAGUGCCCCCCCCCCCCCCGAGCGUUUUCUGUGACUGGGAAACACGACUAACCUCGUCACCUGACACCAUCCUGCCACUCUUUUAUUCGGGUAUAUAUAUAUAUAUGUUUUUGUUUUUGCGAGGUUUGGCACUGUAAAUAGACAGAGACAGUUCCCGGGCAGAGGGGAGGAGGAGGAGGAGGAGGAAGAGGAGGAGGAGGAGGAGGAGGAGGAGGAGGAAGAGGAGGAGGAGACAGAAAGCAGCAGCUGAAACCUGAAUGUACGUGAAGAUCGUCUGCGUUCUGAGGACGCUCGGCUGCAACUUGACAUCAUGCAUGCACUUAUUUUUUUAUAUAUACGCUUUAGUUCAUUAUUCUGUUGAACGUGACCACGUUCCAACACAGGCUUUGGGAGAAAGGCACGUGAUUGGACGAGACGCUGUGUCUCUCAGCUGUAACGGUACUUGUACAUCAGGCAGUGGACAGGUGGACGUGGAGCAUCACUGUGUACAUUUCAUUGGUGCUGACAACUCAGAGUGGGAUCGUCCCACAGACUGGUUCUGAGACCGAGGUACUGGUCUGUUUUAAUGUUUCAUAAGUUUGAACGUGUUGAUUCAGAGGCACCGACUGUUUUAUACCAACCAGGGUGUUAAACACAGUUUGCUCUCUACAGUCUCUCUCUCUUUAUUAGAUUCCCCUAAAACUUUUAUUUUUGUGAUUAAAACUAUUCCAUCAAGGCCUUAAAAUGUUUUAAAAGAAACUCUGCUCCCUCCUUCCUCAUUUUGUGACUUCCAUAAACACGUUAAUAUGACCCCACCCCCACAGCGCCACCUGCAGCUAGUGAGCCCCGCCCACAAGUUGACGGGAUGGUUUGUUAGGGUUGUGACAUCACAAACUCUGGCUGUUUAAUUCAGUUUCCUGUGGCACAAUAUUUCUGAUUAUAUAAAAAUCACAAGGGCGACAUGUUAACGUGAAACUUGAUUAAAUCAAUUAAAUCAAAUUGAUCUUCCAAAGCAGAUAAACUCAUAAACUUAUAAACCUUCAAGAGUUAGAUCUCAGAAUUGAACGUUACCAAGUGCCUUCCGAGAGCCAGUGCUUUGCACCAGUAGACGUGUGUGUGUGUGUGGAUUGUGAUUCUCCUGGUGUGUUGAACUGGGAGAAGACAACUGGUCUAUAACUGCCUUUAUAUCGUCACUGUCAUGAUUUGUAAACAGAUUUUUUUUAUACAUUGCUAUACAGUAUUUUGCAUAUGAAAUAAACGUGUUCGAUCAUGAA